AUGCCGGUCAUCGACAUCAAUAAGGACCUGUCGGCCCUGUUCCGGAAACAGGCCCAAGCCACGCCCAAUGCAGUGGCGUUGGAGGACGAUACAUCGACAUACACCUAUGUCGAACUGGACCGAACGGUCGAAGACCUCUCCAAUCGCCUCCGCAAGCACCGAGUUGGCCGAGACAGCCUGGUAGGCGUGCUGCUUCCACGCAGUGCCCACUAUGUCAUUGCCUGUCUCGCCGCACUCCGGGCGGGCGGGGCGUUUCUCGUCCUCGAGCUGGCUUACCCUCCUGAACUCCUAGCAGACGUGAUUGACGAUGCCCAACCAGCUGUAGUCGUCACCUACCGGGCCGAGGUUGGUAAGAUCAAGGAGGGUAUCCCUCUCAUCACGCUGGAUGAGGAGCAGACAGACACCAAUGGAGAUGUGAAAGACCUACCUCCGGCCCCUGCGGACGAUGACUUGGACAGACUCGCCUUCGUCUCUUACUCCUCAGGGACAACGGGCAAACCGAAGGGGAUUGCCAACCCCCAUCGAGCGCCAGUCCUUUCGUAUAACCUGCGGUUCGGGGUGCGCGAUCUGCAGCCCGGUGAUCGUGUGGCUUGCAAUGUCUUUUUCAUCUGGGAGAUUCUACGUCCCUUGCUGCGAGGAGCAACCGUCGUGGCAGUGCCUGACGAGGCCAGUUAUGACCCUCCCGCGCUCGUGGACCUGCUCGCUUCCAAGAACAUCACCGAAACCCUCAUGACCCCGACGCUCUUGGCCGCCGUGCUCUCGCGCCAUCCGAAGAUCGGAGCUCGUCUGCCGAAGCUGCGGACCUUGUGGCUUAAUGGCGAGGUCGUGACGACCGACCUGGCCCGUCGAGCAAUCAAGGCGCUCCCCAACACCACCCUGCUCAACUGCUAUAGCGCCUGCGAGACUCACGAAAUUGCCUGUGGAGAUAUUGCCGAGAUGCUGGACGACGAGGCAAACUACUGCCCGGUCGGCCCUCCUCUAGACGCAGAACACACCUACAUUCUUGACGAGAGUGGCCAAAGGGUGGGAGCUGGAGAAAGUGGUGAACUUUUCGUGGGCGGAUCCCUCCUUGCCCGUGGCUAUAUCAAUCGUCCCGAGACAACUGCCAAAGCCUUCACCCCCGACCCAUUUGAUUCAACGCCGGGAGCACGCAUGUACCGAACGGGAGAUCAAGCACGAAUACUCCCGUCCGGCCUUCUGGAAAUCACCGGCCGUGUCGGAGCCAUGAUCAAGCUUCGUGGCUACUCCGUCGUGCCUGGAAAGGUCGAGCACGCCAUUGUCCAACACCUUGCUGUUCGACAUUGUGCCGUCACGGCUCAUGGCGAGGCGUUGGAACGGCAACUCGUUGCAUAUGUUGUCCGCGACAAGGAAUCUUCUGCGGAUCGCCCGGAGUUGGAGGUCAAUGAAUUGGGUCACAGCCCAUCCGCAAGACGGACACUCUCACCCUACCUGGCCCACUAUAUGAUUCCAGCCCUGUGGGUGGAAGUCGAGGAGCUGCCGACCAAUGCAGUGUCUGGCAAGGUCGAUCUCAGACGGCUUCCCCCACCCCCAAGUCCGAAAGCUGUCAAUGGCAGCAGUACGCCGCUGAAUGGGCACAAGGGAGACCAAGAUCCCAUUGACAUUGAGGCCAUAGCUGAAAUCUGGGCGGCCAGUCUCAAGAUCUCACGCAGCACAAUCACGCCGGAGCAUAGCUUUUUCGACCUGGGCGGUCACUCCUUGACGCUUGCAGACUUGUCUGCACGGUUCUCUCGAGUUCUCGGCGUCAAGGUGCCUCUUGCACGACUCGUCGACCCGGCGACUCUUAAUGGCCACCUGGAAACGGUGCGAUCGGUAAGAGACGGUCACGCCGCAGCAGUGCAAGCUCAUCUCCCUGACGUCCUUCGGAAAGAUUCCACCCUGGAGGACAACAUUCGGCCGACGAAUGCUACUAUAUGUGCCGCCAACAAAGCAGAUACGAUCUUACUGACCGGUGUCACUGGCUUUUUAGGCGCAUUCUUGUUGAAUGAUCUGCUGGAAAGCACGUCGGCCAAGAUAUUGUGCCUUGUACGCUUCCCGGAUCCGUCCGAAGCCGACCUGCCAGAAGGUAUUGCAAGGAUGCGAAGGCACCUCCUCGAUUUGGGAUUGUGGCGGGAUUCAAUCAUGGAACGCGUCGAGAUCCUCCCUGGCAACUUAUCCCGGCCUCGACUAGGUCUGUCCCCGGACGCCUUUGAAGAACUCACGGGUCGUGUCCAAGUUAUCUUCCACGCUGCCGCCACCGUCAAUCUUGUAUACCCGUAUGCUGCCCUCCGGGAUGCUAACGUGGGCGGAACAAGGGAAAUCCUGCGUCUGGCAUGUCGCGCUGGAGCCACAGUGCAGUACAUCUCCACAAAUGGUGUUUUGCCGCCAUCUCGAGAGGGCUGGAAUGAAGACGCCAUGUUGGAAGUGGACGAUGUGCCGGAAAAGCUGGCCGACGGAUAUGGUCAGUCCAAGUGGGUGGCGGAGAAGCUUGUGCUGGAAGCUGGUCGUCGAGGCUUGCCGGUCAAGGUGCACCGAGCCGGGACAAUCAGCGGCCACAGUACGACAGGGGCAGGGAACGCGUGGGAUCUGCUCAAUGCGAUCCUUGUCGAAUCCAUCAAUCUUGGAUAUGCUCCGGUUGUGGAAGGCUGGCGCGCUGAGAUGACGCCAGUCGACUUUGUGAGCAAAGCCAUCAUUCAUCUCUCGAAUCAGAUCAGUACCAUGCAGGUCGUUUUUCACCUCGGCGAUCCUGAUCCAGUCCCAACUCGGUCAGUCUUCAAAGACCUCGAAGAGCUUGGAUACCCCACAAAACCACUACCCUGGGACGAUUGGGUCGGUCGAUGGCAGCAGAACAGAGGCACCUUGAAAGGUGGAGACGGAGCCUUUACUAUUGAUAUCCUCCGCAGCGGCAUGCCGAGCGUCGAGUUCUUGAGGGGUAUUGUUGUGCUGAACAACGCUGCCACCAGGCCCUUGCGGGCCGUUGUUGAACGACCCAAGGUUGACAGUGUAUUACUCGAAACGUAUGCCCGCCAUUGGUUUGCCCGAGGAUGGCUGCCUCAUCCGCCGUCACGCCAACACGCUCUCGGCGGCACUGCACAGCCCAUACGGAGAGGACCCCUAAGCGGUCGCGUGGCUGUCAUCACUGGCGCUUCAUCCGGAAUCGGCGCUGCCGUUGCGGCUGCUCUGGCACGCGAAGGCCUCCACCUCGCUCUUGGUGCUCGCCGCACCGACGCUCUCGAGGCUGUGAAGAGCAGACUCGUGGUCCGUGAGGGCAGGGUGAUCGUCCGAAUGACAGACGUGACCGACAGGAAGCAGGUUGAGAACCUUAUCCAAGCAGCGACUGACGAGCUUGGGCCGGUCGACAUCCUGAUCUCUUGCGCUGGAGUCAUGUAUUAUACCAUGAUGGCAAAUGCGCACGUUGAAGACUGGGACCGUACAGUCGAUGUCAAUUGCAAGGGGCUUCUCCAUUGCCUUUCGUCGGUCGUGCCGUCCAUGAUCUCACGCGGUGGUGGCCACAUUGUCGCCAUAUCGUCGGACGCAGGCCGAAAGGUCUUUCCUGGCCUCGGUGUCUACUCGGCCAGCAAGUUCUUUGUCGAAGCCACGCUGCAGAGCCUGCGUUUAGAGACCGCAGGGACCGGGUUGCGGGUCACGAGCGUGCAGCCUGGUAACACGGCCACCGACCUCUUCGGCAUGUCCACGGACGCUGAAGCCGUCAAGAAAUAUGGGGAGCCGACUGGUGCGCAGAUCUUGGAUCCAGAAGACGUGGCCAAUUCGAUUGUCUAUGCUCUGAGACAGCCCCAGCAUGUUGCGGUGAAUGAGAUCUUGAUCGAGCCGAGGGAGGAGCCGAUUUGA